AUGUCCAGUGAGCGUCUGGAUGAAGUUGCCCGCGGUGGCGUCCCGGAUUGGCUGCCAUUUUCAAAGAUCAAAUUGUACACGAAUGCGUUUGUCCGCCAAGAUGGAAAGCUGCUUCUGGGAUACAAGAAAAGAGGAUUUGGAAAAGAUCUUUAUAAUGGAUUUGGUGGGAAAGUGGAGCCCGGGGAAACACCGGCUCAGGCCGCAUUGCGCGAGCUAGAGGAAGAAUCUGGCAUCGCAGCGCCAUUAGAGCACUGCGGCGUUCUCUUUUUUGUCCUUCCAGACUUGGAGCAAGCCUUUCACAUAGACAUAUUCCGCGCCGAAGAAUACAGCGGAGCAAUCACCGAGUCCGACGAAAUGCGCCCUCAGUGGUUUGAUAUAGAGCCAGCAUAUGCUACCCCUAAUGCGAAGCCUGCUGCAGCUGACGGUAGUCCUAAAGAACACAACACAGGACUCCCCCCCAUUCCGUACGAUCAGAUGUGGGCAGACGACCCCUUCUGGCUCCCGCUUAUGCUUGCUGGCCGUCACUUCGCCGGUCGUGCGGACUUCGGGUCAGAUGGACGCCUACAGAAGUGGUGGUUUGGUGCAAAACCUGUCUAA